AGCGCCUCCAAGCGUCAAGUUUUCCUCAUUUUAAUAAUCAUCAUGGCACCCGUGGCAGAGCCAGAGAAAAAAACUCCUGAAACAGAGAAGAAAAGUGAAAAAGAAGAGAGCAAAAAUGGCAAGAAAGUUGAAGAGGACAAGGAAGCAGAUUUGUCAGAGGAAGACAAGCAGUUACAGGAGGAACUGACCAUGCUGGUGGAAAGACUAACGGAGAAGGAUACCUCGUUGUACCGACCAGCCUUGGAGCAGCUGAGGCAGAUGAUCCGAGCCUCCACUAGCUCCAUGACGUCGGUGCCCAAGCCCCUCAAGUUCCUGCGGCCGCAUUACGGUACCAUCAAGGAAGUGUUUGAGAAGAUGGGUGACGGGGAGAAUAAGAGAUUCUGUGCAGACAUCAUCUCUGUCCUAGGCAUGACAAUGAGUGACAACAAGGAUUGUCUAAACUUCCGCAUGCUGGGCUCCAAAGAAGACAUCGGCACAUGGGGCCAUGAAUAUGUCAGACACCUAGCCAAUGAGAUCGGCCAGAUCUGGGGAGAGACAGAAGAUGAAAGUGCCAAGGACCAGCGGGACGGACUCCUGGUCCUGGCAAGACAGAUCGUCCCGUACCACAUGAAGCACAACGCCGAGGCUGAGGCCUGCGAUCUGCUCAUGGAGAUCGAGAAACUAGACCUGCUGGAAGAAUUUGUGGAUGAGAAUGCCUUCCCCAGGGUCUGUCUGUACUUGACAAGUUGCGUCAAUUAUGUCCCGGAGCCAGAGGACUCCAUUUUGCUGCGGACCGCGCUGGGAAUCUUCCGCAAGUUCAAGCGUUAUGCGGAGGCCAUGAGACUGGCCAUCCAGUUGAACGACAUGGAGUUGGUUGAGGACAUCUUUACCACUUGCAAAGACAGCCUAGUGCAGAAGCAGCUAGCGUACAUGCUCGGCGCUCAGCAGAUUUUCCUAGAGUUGAACGAGGAAAUCGAAGAUUACGAUGACCUGACGGAGAUCAUGUCCAACAGCCAACUGAACAUCAACUUCCUUGCUCUUGCCAGGGAGCUUGAUAUCAUGGAGCCCAAGGUUCCUGAAGACAUCUACAAAAGUCACUUGGAAAACACACGACCGUUUGGAGCCUCAGGAUCGCAGGUUGACUCGGCAAGGCAGAACCUGGCCGCGUCGUUCGUUAACGGCUUCGUCAACGCCGGCUUCGGGAAAGACAAACUGAUCACGGAGGACGGAAACGUCUGGAUCUACAAGAACAAAGAACACGGCAUGAUGAGCACUGCGGCGUCGCUAGGUUUGGUUCUGCUCUGGGACGUGGACGGAGGAUUGACUCAGAUCGACAAGUAUCUGUACUCGGGAGAAGAUUAUAUCAAGUCUGGCGCCCUCUUAGCUUGCGGAAUCGUCAACUCCGGAGUGCGGAACGAGUGCGACCCAGCUCUAGCCCUACUGUCAGACUACGUCUUGCAUGCAAACAACACCAUGCGCAUCGGGGCUAUAUUUGGGUUGGGGCUGGCCUACGCUGGAUCGAAUCGUGAAGACGUACUUAGUCUGAUUCUGCCCGCCAUGAGUGACAGCAAAUCCAGCAUGGAGGUCGUAGGCAUCACAGCCCUGGCGGCAGGCAUGCUGGCCGUCGGUUCCUGUAACGGCGAGGUCAGCUCAACGAUCAUCCAGACCAUGAUGGAAAAGACGUCCCUAGAACUCAAGGACACCUUCGCCCGCUACCUGGCUCUGGGACUGGGCCUGACCUACCUAGGCAAACAAGAGGCAGUAGAGGCCACACUAGCGACGUUGGACGUCCUCCCUGAACCCUUCAAACUCUUCGCCAAGAUCCUUGUGGAUAUCUGCGCAUAUGCUGGAACGGGCAACGUCCUCAAGGUCCAGAACCUCCUGCACAUCUGCAGCGAGCACAUCGAGGCCAAAGCCGAGGCGGAGAAGAAAGACGACAAGACCUCGGACAAGAAGGACAAGGACAAAGGGUCCGAAGACUCGGUAGCGGACCUAGCCGCGCAUCAAGGCGUGGCUGCUCUCGGCAUCGCCUUGAUUGCCAUGGGGGAGGAGAUUGGGUCCGAGAUGGCUCUGAGAUCAUACGGCCAUCUGUUGCGAUAUGGUGAGCCAGUCAUCCGUCGGGCCGUGCCGUUAGGCCUGGCCCUCAUUUCGGUGUCCAACCCCCAGCUUCAGAUUCUGGACACGCUCAGCAAGUUUUCUCACGACACGGACGCUGAGGUGGCCCAUAAUGCAAUCUUCGCCAUGGGCAUCGUCGGUGCUGGUACCAAUAACGCUCGCCUGGCCGCCAUGCUACGCCAGCUAGCCCAGUACCACUACAAGGACCCCUCCAAUCUGUUCAUGGUGCGGAUAGCCCAGGGCCUGACCCAUCUAGGCAAAGGCACCCUGACUCUCAGCCCCUACCACAGUGACCGACAGCUCUUGAGCCAAGUGGCCACAGCCGGACUGCUCGCUACGAUCGUUGGUUUUCUGGACGUCAAGAAGACAAUUCUGAAGAGCUCUCACUAUCUCCUGUACGGACUGGUGUCGGCCAUGCGACCCAGAAUGCUGGUGACCUUUGAUGAGGAGUUGCGACCUCUGCCCGUCCAGGUCAGAGUGGGUCAGGCUGUUGAUGUCGUCGGGCAAGCCGGCAAACCGAAGACAAUCACAGGGUUCCAGACGCACACCACGCCGGUACUUCUUGCGUACGGAGAGAGAGCAGAACUAGCUACUGACGAAUAUUUAUCGCUGACGCCAAUCGUGGAAGGUUUCGUCAUCUUGAAGAAAAAUCCCGACUUUGAGCAGUAGUCCAUAGAAAACUACAUUGUAUAUCUUUCAGCCCUAGUCUGUGUGGGCUACUUUAAGCCAACAGUGAUGGACAAGUGUUUUUUGGAUCCCAAGCAAACUUGACGUCACUUUUCUGCCAUUCAAAUCAGAUUGUGGCAUGUGGAAGAGUUCUGCGGAGAGAGAUAUAUCAUGACAAGUAGGCCGAUCAAUUUUGGAGACAACAUGAAGCCUGCCUGCGUAAAGUAACAGCCAUGUUGUGUCCAGAAAUUAUGGCCCCAUCUUUAUCCUAAUCUGUCUUGUGUCUAGCUUUCUUCUAUUGUCCAGUUGGCAUUUACGAGAGAGGAGACUUUGAAACCCUUGUGAAUUGACCUAUCGCCGUUUGCGAGUUGGCCACGCCCCUUAGACAACCCUAUGGAUUUUGUGUACGCUAAGUUAACUUUGUCUCAGAUGUUGCGCGUCCAUUUGUGUAAUUGGACAAUAUUUCGCCAGAUGCGUUGACAGGAUUCUAACGCGAUUCUACCGCGAUAGGUCAAUUGCAUUUGUAGUCUUACAAUUUUUUCAUUUGCCUUGCUCACAAAUAUGGCCGAUAUUGAUAAACUAUUUGGAGAACAUUGUACUUUUGGUAAAUGUUUCCUCAGAUAAAAAACAGCACAAUUCUCACAGGUUACAAAAUGAGUUCUCGGUGCUUAUGUUUUAAUACAAGUCUGAAAACUCUUCAACAUUUCUUCUUAGUGAAUCAUCCCAGUUCAAGAAUACGUUUUUUGUAAGAAUGAUCAGCUGUAAUAAGUCAAAGAAUAUUGCUCGCCCAAUAGUUUUGUAAAAGUUUUAUUUCAAAUUUGUUUUGGUAUCUGCUGUAAACUCAAAUAUUCAAUGUCUGUAAUAAAUGAUUAAAAAUCAUAAUUACCAAA